AUGCAGCUGCACAGGCAGGCCGCCGGGCAGGCCCAGUGCAUGAGGCCUGCGGUGGCACUGCGCACCUGUAGCGGUGCCAAGCGCAGCAGGGCCGUCUCCUGCCGCGCGUCACAGCAGCCGGCGGAGCGCUUCCCGGCGCAAGUCUGCGUCGUGCUUGGUACACAGUGGGGCGAUGAGGGCAAGGGGAAGCUGGUGGAUAUCCUGGCGCAGCAGUACGAUGUUGUCGCCCGUGCGCAGGGCGGCGCCAACGCGGGGCACACCAUCUACGAUGACAAGGGGACCAAGUACGCCCUGCACCUUGUGCCCAGCGGCGUCCUCAACCAGGGUGCCACCAAUGUGAUCGGCCACGGGGUGGUGGUGCACGUGCCCGGCCUUUUCGAGGAGAUGGCUGAGCUGGAGGAGAAGGGCGUGCAGCUGGACGGCCGGCUGCUGGUCAGCGACCGCGCGCACCUGCUGUUCGACCUGCAUAAGGAGGUGGACGGCGCCCGCGAGGCUGAGCUUGCGGGCAAGAAGAUCGGCACCACCAAGCGCGGCAUCGGUCCCGCGUACGCCUCCAAGGCCACCCGCAACGGCCUGCGCGUGAACGACCUGCGGGACCUGGAGUCCUUUGCAGAGAAGUUGCGCAAGCUCUCGGCCGACGCGCUGGCGCGCUUCCCUGAGCUGCCGUAUGAUGUGGAGGCCGACAUCCAGGCGUACCAGGGCUACGCCCAGAAGCUGCUGCCCUUCGUCACCGACACCAUAGAGUACAUCAACAAUGCGCACGACUCUGGCAAGCGCGUGCUCAUCGAGGGCGCCAACGCCACCAUGCUGGACAUCGACUUCGGCACCUACCCCUUCGUGACGUCAUCAAACCCCUCCAUCGGUGGCAUCGUGUCGGGCCUGGGGCUGGCGCCCAGCAAGUUUGACGCCAUCAUCGGCGUGGCCAAGGCGUACACCACGCGCGUCGGCGCGGGGCCGUACCCCACUGAGAUCUUUGGGGACCUGGGGGAGAAGGUCCGGGAGGUGAGGGGCCGGCCAUGUGGGCAAGUGUGA